AUGCCAGAACCUAGGCUCGAACCCCCGCCAAAGCCAAGACCAGCUAUACGGAAGGGAACCCGCACGCCGCCAGUAGAAUUCUUCCUUGGAGACGACUUGCCUAACGAUGCCAAUGUGGAAAAGAGGCGAUCGGGAAUCGAAGCUCAGAUACGUGCUACAAGACUAGCCCAAACUUUGGGCAGCAACUCAGCGCCGGGUUCUCGGAGGAGCUCUGCUGAGUUUGCACCACCGGCUAUGGGAAGCCAGCUGCGAAGAUUCGAUAAUAUUCCUCUUACGGACUAUGGAGGAACGGAAACACCUGGCGACCUCAGUGAAGAGGACGAGGCUCCAACGACACUCAAGCAGAAAGAGUUCCUAGCACAAGCUGACCAUUUGCUCCGACAAAACACAAGCAGAGUUCGCCAGAGGCCCGACGACUUUCGGUACAUAGAGGCCAGUGGCCUCGCAUCUGGCCAGAUUACACCUACCAACGAGCUCGAGCCAGCAGAUACUUACGUCCCGGUUCCUUCAAAGUACCGAACAGGUAUCCUCGGCACACUCUUGAAGGCGAACGGCAACUAUCCAUCUGGUCAAUCUUCAGGCGGGCAUCAAAAAUACCCCUCAGAUUCCUUCAGCGGUGCGUCUACGGCGGCCAAUACUCCGGAACACUCUCCUCCCAUAUCUGGUGCUAGUACUCCUGGCACCAGCACUCCAUUGAAUUCUCAUCACAAUGCACGACAUUGGUACUCCCGAAGUAGCAAUAACUCCAGCAAUGAACUCCACUCAUCCAUAUCUAAGCUCGUCGAGUCAUCGACUGGGCUCGCAUCUCCAGUACAAAGAGAUCUUGGCGAAGAGGUUUCGGCGAGGCUGAAACACUCCAAGCACAAACCACCAAUGGGGAAGCGAACAAAGAGCGCCACUUCCAUCGCCUCUGCAUUCAGCAGAAUGAGCAAAUCGAGCCGCGACGAGCAGAUCAAAAUCAAGAUCCACCUUGCUGGUACGCUUGCCCGGCAGCAAUAUCUGCGCAAAUUAUGCAAAGCCUUGAUGAAGUAUGGCGCCCCGACUCACCGUCUGGAGGAAUACAUGAACAUGUCGGCCCGUGUUUUAGAAAUCGAAGCCCAGUUCCUCUACAUCCCGGACUGCAUGAUCAUCUCUUUCGACGACUCCUCGGUCCAUACCACCGAAGUCAAACUCGUCCGCACCGCCCAAGGCGUCGACCUAGGCAAGCUCCGCGAUACGCACGAGAUAUACAAAGACGUCCUGCACGACCGUAUCGGCGUCGAAGAAGCGACCCCACGCCUCGAAGAUAUCAUCAAUCGUAAAGCGAAGUACAGCCCUUGGUUCUUGGUCCCAGUCUACGGCCUCGCAUCCGCCAGCGUCGGUCCCUUCGCCUUCCAAGCACGCUGGAUCGACCUCCCCAUCGCCUUCCUGCUCGGCUGCCUGCUCGGCUGGCUCCAGCUCAUCGUCUCGCCCCAGAACGAAAUGAUCUCCAACGUCUUCGAGAUCUCCGCCGCCGUCAUGACCUCCUUCCUCGCGCGCGGCUUCGGGUCCAUCCGCGGCGGCAACCUCUUCUGCUUCUCCGCGCUGGCCCAAUCCAGCAUCGCCCUCAUCCUACCGGGCUUCACCGUGCUCUCCGCCUCGCUCGAGCUGCAAUCCCGCCACAUCGUCGCCGGCUCCGUGCGCAUGGUCUACGCUAUCAUCUACUCGCUCUUCCUCGGCUUCGGCAUCACCAUCGGCACCGUGCUCUUCGGCCUCGCCAUGCCCACGGCCACCUCCGCCACGACGUGCGAGAACCCCUUAUCCUCGGACUACUACCCGCUCUUCGUCUUCGCCUUCACCCUCUGCCUGCUCGUCAUCAACCAGGCGAAGUGGAAGCAGGCUCCCGCCAUGCUCUUCAUCUCCCUCGCCGGCUACGUCGUCAACUUCCACUCGUCCAAGCGCUUCGCCGGCAACGCGCAGGUCUCGAAUACCCUCGGCGCGCUGACCAUCGGCGUCCUCGCGAACCUCCACGCGCGGCUGGGGAGGUACGUCGACAACUGGUUCCUGGACCGGUGGGAAUCUACGUGGCGGCCCAAGUGGCGCCGCACGCGGAAACGCUUCUCGCGCCGCCACCCCUGGACGUCGCUCAACCCGUUCGCGCGCAGCGACCACAAGAAGAGCGCCAGCAGCGAGCACGCGGCGACGUGGGCGCAGAGCUCGCCGCCGCUGCGGCCCGCCAUGGGCGCGCGCCUGCACUCGGACGACUCGUCCGUGUACCAGGCGCGCCCGCGCAAGGUCGGGUACGGGCUCGCGGCCGCGGCGAUGCUGCCGGCCAUCUUCGUGCAGGUCCCCUCGGGCCUAUCCGUGAGCGGGAGUCUUGUGAGCGGCAUCACGAGCGCGGACCAGAUUACGCGGAACGCGACGGGGGUGACGACGGUGGCGAAUGCGACGGUCGAGGCGAGCGGCGGGACCAGUAUCAAUAGCGUGGCGUUUACGGUGGGGUUUUCGGUGGUGCAGGUCGCGAUUGGGAUUACCGUGGGGUUGUUUUUGGCGGCGUUGUUGGUGUACCCUGUGGGGAAGAGGAGGAGUGGGUUGUUUAGUUUUUGA